AUGGCGACCUCUUCGAGUGCCCCGUCGGACCUGCCGCUCGACCAACUCAACCUAUACCAUGUCGCGGACCCUUCAUUAUCGUCUGUAUUCGUCUUCUACGGCCCUGUAUCUACCGCAAAUGCAACCGUGAGCAGUUCGCGCAUUCAGGCGCAUAUCGUGACCCCCGCCGGAUUCCAAAGUUACCCGCGCAUCACCGUCUCUCCCGCAGCACCACUGUAUGCGGCCGUCAACCAUUUACCUCGAGAUAAACAAGGCGACGAGGUUUGCCGCGGGUUGGCUGUCAGUAUGCUGAAGUACUUCGCCGAGUUAUCUGAUCCGGCAAAGGAAUGCUUGCAGGCUCUCGCCCGUGCGGGGAAACCUGGAGGACAGAUUCCAAAGAUGUUCGACGAGAUGCACGCAGCUGAUUUAGCGAAUCGCAUGAUAAAGGUGGAGAAUACAACGGAUAUAGUGCGCGACAUUCGGGGCGCGUUUCAGGAACGCAAGGUUCCAUGGGUCGACGUUGAUGUAGUGCUUCCCGCGGGGACCGUCCAACCUCCCGAACCACCCGAUCCUGAUAACCAAAGCCCGGAUGAGCCUGCAGAUACUGAAGACACCAUUGAUGUUCACUAUGGAAAAUACUCGUCACUCAUACGAGCGCUGGGAGCGCCCAUGUUCUUGCCAACGUCCAGGCUGAAGCGAGCCCCGUCACAACCGACCAAUGUCAGCCGGUCCAAGCUUUUCUCUCAGAGCCAGAAACAAUCUCUUCGCUUGACUAUGUGCGAGGUUGUUGAUACAGAGGAAAGAUACGUGAGCAAGCUGUAUUCACUCGUAUGCGAAGUCGCGGAGGAGUUUCGCGCAAGAGCACAGGGAAAAGGACCCUCAAGUACCAGCCCCAACGAGUCCGACCUGGCCACCUUGUUCCCUCCAUGUCUCAAUGAGAUAUACGAUGUCAACAUGGGAUUCUUGGAAGUAAUUCGCAAUGUCCUGGAGGAUACGGAAAGGGAUGCUAUUGCCGAUAUCACGGAAGAUUCUGAGUUAUCAUCUUCCGCCUCACAGCGGACAAAUGACGAAGAACGAGAUGCUAUCGGUGCUGUCGCUUUUGCCAAUGCGCUUCUAGAGUGGUUCCCAAAGUUCUCGCAACCUUAUGGAGACUACAUGCGUGCUCAUAACGCCUUCACCCAGACAUUGAACUUGUUCAUGCGGGACAAGAAUUCGAGCUUCUCCAAGCGCGUAUACGAGACUGGGGAACAGAAGCUGCGUUCUCUACUUAUGGAGCCUGUCCAAAGACUUCCGCGUUAUAGUCUGCUGAUUGACACGAUGACAAGCAGCCUCCCGCUGGUCCACCCCGCUGUUCGGCCACUAUUGAAAGCGCGGGAUAUUAUCAAGGACAUCUGCUCACUUGAUGAUCCGUCUUCUACAAAUCAUGACCAAGGCUUUCGACGUCUGACAGAGUUGGUAGACGGAUGGCCUUCCACAAUUCUACCCACCGGCCGUUUAAUUACUGCUGUGGAUUUCAACGAGUUGUCAUCGCCAUAUCACUUGGACUUUGCUGAUGUUGACGCCGAUUCAGGGAUCAUGCUUCUGUAUAAAAACUGUCUUGUGCUAUUAUCGAAAACGCCGGAAUGUAAAAUGACGGCUCGUGGGUUGAUGGCCGAGCUUGAUAACGCGUCAUCUACGGCCCCAGGCGUUGCCGGGCCACUUACAUCUUCGGCGGAAAUUCGAGUCGUGCAAGUAUAUGAUCUUCAUACGGUGCGUUGCAUGCAAUCUACAUGCGGUCGGAUUCUAUUCCUUGCUCCUACCGCGGUGACAUCGAAACCUACUCAAAAUACCACCGUGGAUCUUCUAGCAUUGGAGCCAGUCGCAAUGUACGGGGGCCGUGCAGGCCGGCUUGUUGAGGAGAUUAUCAAAGCAAAGAUAGAGGGCAGGUUCUCAGAAAGCGAAAGGGAGAGUGGGAAAUGGUCGCUCCGAUGUCCAUCCGGCACUGUGGGCAAUCUCGGUAUCCUGGCAUGCGUGUUUGAAGACGAGCAAGGCGUGCAGAUGAGCCGCCCAGCUGCGUCAAAGAUCAGGGUCGUAUUUGACACGCCGAAAGCAGUCUGCAGCAAAGCGUUGACCGAUUCCGACCUCGAGGUGGUCAUUUCGGUAUCACUGGUUGGUGACGACCAGUAUCGAGUGAUCGUGGUCUCGAUAGUAGGUACAUCCUCAUCAGACAUCGUGAGCGUGGAUAGUUUUGUUCCGGUAUUCUCAAAACGCUUGCUGAAUGUCCUUCAACCUUUACAUGACACCAGGAACAGACACAUGGCGGAGUCACUAGUUCACUCCAACUUUGCUAUUAUCAAAUACCUUGCUGGCCAUGUAGUAGCACAGUUCAAAACUUCCCGCGGUUUCCGUCCACCUUCGCCGACAAAGCUGAUCGCAAACCUGCUGGGUGGGCAUUCAAGAGAGAGUAGCACUUCAAGCUCGAAGGCGCCUGGGUCAGCAACAUUAUUGGGAGAAUUUCCUAAGAUGCCUCCUCCUCGUGCCGGCCACUCACGGUCCAAUACGUUACCUUCCUCAUUUCCGGGCAAAGAAGAGACACCAGUCAAAGCCUCUAUCGUUGGCACGGUGCCAUCCAAAGUAUCCGAUAGCCCCUUUGCUGUCCUAGAGCAGACAUUUGCUGCCUAUGUCCUCGCGCUUCAGUGUCGCAGCGGGAAUAUCGUCGGGCGCACGCUUCGAGCAAGGGACAAUGUAGAUCGCUCAGCGGUGAAUGAGCUCUACAAUGUCCUUCUAGAAGACCCUGCAAAACUCCAGGCGGCGGCCGAGGUGGCGGUUGAUACUCUAUUUGUGGCCUUCGAGACGUUCAUGGAGAACGCGUGGAAAGAACACAUGGGACCAGUGCUUGACCCCUCAGGCUUGCGACUGCUCCAGAGCCAAUUCGACACCAUGUAUCCCCGUGAAUUUGAGGAAUGCUUUCACAAAUUUCUCGCCGAUAUGAGCCCUCAAAACCGCCGCGCUCUCGCGUCGCUCAUUCGCCUUCUAGCGGACCUUCUCGAUGCCUCCGGGAGUGACGGUGACAGGGGCGCUUUAACGGCCGCGUUCGCUGAAAUCCUGACAGCAGAAGGUGACCCAAUGCAGCACAUAUCUCUGCUAGAUAGAUUGGUGGACGACUUCGAUCAUCUUUUUGACGAGUUCGUGUCAGGUGGCUCAUCACUGGAAGGGAUAUUGACCAGCGAGCUAACCAGAACUACCUCGCAAACUCCGGGGUCUGUUGGUUCUAAUGCGUCGUCUUUUCGUAAGCGCUUCGGCUUUGGCCUGCAUCGAGAGAACUCUGGAGAGGGCAAGGUAGCUUCAAUCCUCAGGACCCUCAGCAAGAACAAAGGGCCCAACGACUCUGAGCCGGGGACGCCAAGGGGUUCCAUGCUAGUCCGCUCAAAGUCAAUAGACGUCGACACGAGCCUAAGCUCUCUCCUGCGUCCCGGUUCUCGUGAUCGUUCUGGUCCUUCUACGUCACAGGAAAUGCUUCGACGGCCAGGAAGCUCACAGGAAGACCCCCAAUCAUCAUUGAAAGGUGUGUCGGGAAGUGGUGUAGUGAGGGUUCGUCGAAGGCGGAGGAGCUCCCUGUCCGAUAUGCGACCAGGGACGGCGUCCUCAGACGUCUCCCACGUGUCGCAAAGCAGCCAGGCACCACGUCCCACGACCCCCGGGUCUUCUUCAACUAAUCUUCAGGGUGACCUUGUUACUCCCUUAAUGUCUGCUCGGCCUCAGACUAGUCAUGGCUCAGGAUCCACCGCCCGCAGCGUAUCGCCCUUGAAAGGCAGUCCGCCUCCAAGAACGGGUUCUCCAAACAGGCGGUCCCCCAUCCGCCCAGUCACUCCCAGUCGGAAAGAGAAUGUCGACCCAAGAUACACCCCAUCCGAGAGAAAUGUCAUGGAUAAGAUCGAAGAAUCCGUCUCUCCCACUGAGCCGAAGCGCAGGUCUGGGAUUUCCCGAACCCCUGCUCUUAAAGAGCGGGUGGCGCAGAUCAAUGGCUCGGAGGCAAAGCGCCCGCUUUCGUCGUCUUCGCUGACCAGAUCGCAAAGAUUACGAUUGCAAAGCCCCCAGAAGCUUCGGGAUCGUCUCCAAUCUGAGAAAAAGACACAGUCUCUUGAGCAAUCAGGGCUGAGGGACGAACUUGAGCUGAUUGGCCAGGAACUUAGAGCACUAAGACCGUCACCGGUGCGGCUACGGACAGACACAGCAACAGUCCACGGCCCUUCGGGAGACGAUGGCGUUGGCACUGCAGCUGUGAUCGCCCGGAUGCGGAAUCUCGAGUUGGCCUUCGAGGCAUUGUCAGGGGAGCUUAAAGGCCGAACCUCUGCGAUGGAGAAGGAUCUAGAGUCUUCCCUAGUCCUUAGCGAAAAGCGGGCCAAGAAGCUGGACGAGCUGUAUCGCCAAGCUAGUGCCGAGAAUGAAGCCCUGUAUGACCGUUUUAAUUCGGAGCUCAGCAAACUCGCGAAAGAAGUGCGAACGGGUGACGGGGAAGAGGCACUGAAAACCCAGUUAUCGUCCGCUAUGGAUGAGAUUGGGAGGCUAAAGAAGGAGAACUUUAGACUCAAGCGUGAAGUCGGCGGUCUUCGAGCUCAACAAGCCGCAGUGGCUCUGCUCAGGGCAAGCACAGACUAA